UUCUGCUUCCGUCCAGUCCUAUCAAAUGAUUUUUAAAAAACCGGAAGAAACUAUUUGUAACAUUUCAGUGACACUCUGUUCUUCAAUGCGCUGUCUGCUGUCCCAGAGCUGGCUCUAGGGUAAGGAUGUCGGAGAAGAUCCUUGUGACAGGCGGAGCCGGCUACAUAGGGAGCCAUUGUGUGCUGGAGCUCAUUGAGGCAGGUUACACACCGGUGGUCAUCGAUAAUUUUCACAAUGCCAUCCGAGGGGACAAGGCCUUGCCUGAGAGCAUUCGGCGGGUGCAAGAGAUUGUGCAGAAGGAGAUCUCUUUCCAGCAGUUAGAUGUCCUCGAUGAAGCUGGCCUCCAGGAGCUCUUCAAGAAGCACCAGUUCUCAGCCGUGAUGCAUUUUGCGGGCCUCAAAGCUGUUGGAGAGUCAGUCCAGAAGCCGCUGGAGUACUACAAGGUGAACCUCACUGGGACCAUCCGUUUACUGGAGACCAUGAAAGCACAUGGAGUCAAGAAUUUGGUGUUCAGCAGCUCAGCCACAGUCUAUGGGGAUCCCACCUACCUCCCCCUAGAUGAAAACCAUCCUGUUGGUGGCUGCACUAAUCCCUACGGCAAGUCCAAGUAUUUCAUCGAAGAGAUGAUCCGCGAUUUGUGCAAGGCAGAGCUGGACUGGAAUGCUGUUCUUCUGCGAUAUUUCAACCCUAUUGGAGCUCACCAGUCUGGAAAGAUAGGAGAAGAUCCCCAGGGAAUCCCGAACAACCUGAUGCCUUAUGUUGCCCAGGUGGCAGUGGGACGCAGGGAGUUCUUGAGUGUUUUUGGGAAUGAUUAUAAAACAGUGGAUGGGACAGGCAUUAGAGAUUACAUCCACGUGGUGGAUCUGGCCAAGGGCCAUAUUGCGGCAUUGAAGAAGCUCAAGGAGAAUUGUGGCUGCAAGAUAUACAACCUUGGGACAGGAGUUGGCUACUCUGUCCUGCAGAUGGUCAAAGCCAUGGAGAAGGCAUCGGGGAGGGAGCUCAAGUACAGAAUCGUUGCACGUCGGGAAGGGGAUGUAGCUUCCUGUUACGCCAACCCUGCCCUUGCAGAGCGGGAGCUGGGCUGGAAGGCAGUCUUUGGCUUGGACAAGAUGUGUGAGGACUUGUGGAGAUGGCAGUCACAGAAUCCCACCGGCUUCAGCAAGAACUAGUGCUCUGAAUAGCAUCAUCUGUUCCCCAUGGGUGGUGCUGCCUCCACAUUCCAAGGACUUCUCGCUCAGGGAUGGAAUGAUUCUUUUUAAACGCCCUCUUCUCCCCUUUCAUGACCAACGAAUGGACCCUGACUGGAUACGGGGAGGGAAGGACUGUCGUCUUCUUUUACUCUGCCCCCUUCCUUGUAUCUCCUUCAGCGGCCCCUGCCAGGCAAGUUGGGGACAGAGAGGGAAUAGCAGUCUCAGGUGAUCCUACAGGGGCAGGAGGAACAGCAGAUGGGUCAACCCUCCAUUAUUUAAAAUAACAGGCACCUUACUUGGACUGUCACUAUAAAUGCAUGCUUCUCUGAG